AUGUCCCCGAGCAAAUUCUGCCUUUUGUGUCUCAUGCUGUGUCUGUGGAUGAGUCCAGCAUCUCUCCUACAUUCUUGGCCGGAAUCAUACAUUGUUGUGCACUAUGGGAGCUCACACACGCUAGAGUGUAAUGCAGACAACGAGGAAAUAACUUGGGUGCCAGUGACAGAUUGCACACAGGGGCACAGUGGUAGCUCUCUAAUUGGCGUGGAUCGUCCUUGUGCCGGCAACUACACCUGCCUGUCCUCGCGCAAUAAAGUCCUGAAGUCUGUUUACGUGUUCAUGAUGCAGGACGACAAUUUACACAUUUCCUGCUCCAUGGAAUCCCACUCAAGUCCUGUGGUGCAGUGUGUUCUCCAUAUCCCUGAAGAGCUGCAGGGACUGGUCCGUGUGAUGGUCAGCACGAGGCCAGCUGUGGAGCAGCAGUGGGUUUAUGUGACAAAUCCCCAGAGGACAGAAGAGAUAAACGUGAAUCUGUCGCUUCCCAAAUCCUGUGUGUUUGGUGAACAAGUGUCGCCCAUCAUUGUGACGGUGCAGGCGAUCUCUGACACCGAGUUUGCAACAGGAAGCAAGCGGUUUUAUAUCAAUGAAGUCGUGAGACCAGCACCCCCAGAGGAUGUAAAGGUUGAUGUAUCCAGAAAACACCUGUCUGUGUCCUGGAAGUACCCAAACACCUGGUCGAACCCUCACUCGUUCUUCCCUCUGUUGUUUCAGAUUAAACUUCAUUACCCAGACAACAAAACUGUGAGUCAGUAA